AGCAUAGUGUCAAAAGCUACAGGGGCCUGACUGACUCACUGAGCCUGGGUCACGACUAUAUAUAAUGUUUUGCUCGUUGGGAGACAAAGACACACACUAGACCAACAGCUAGAGAACAUCUCUCCGUGGAGGAACAUCAGGUUUGAUCACCAUGUCACAGCCUACUGAGGUAAAGAAGAAGAAGCGCCCUCCAAUGAAGGAGGAGGAUUUAAAAGGAGCUCGUAGUAAGCUGGGAUUGAAGGGCGAGGUUAAGAGUAAAACCUAUGAAGUCAUGGUGGAGUGUGAGCGUCAGGGCAAAGUGGCUCCAUCCGUGUUCAGCGGCGUGAGGACGGGAGCAGAGACGGUGCUGGACAAGCCUUCUGCCAAAGCUCCUGGAGCCAGUGUGUUCAGCAAGUAGACAGUAAUGGGGAAGAACAGUGUCUCUCAGCUUAUGGUCUUACUGCUUAAUAUGCAAAAUGUGUUUCACUUUCAUUGUUCUAUACAAUGUCAUUGGGAUUUUAGAGAGACAAAACAUAAGUGUAAAGUGGACUUUAUUGCCCUAUAGACAGUUAGUGUAGUGUAUUAAGCUGUGCUUAAUUGUUCGUUUUUUACCAGACCAUAUUAAAAUGCAAUGGAUUUAUUUGGAAAAAAGUACAAACAAAGUUAUUAUUGGGUUGAGAAUGAAUUCUUUUCAUCAGACAUACAUGUGCAGGUAAACAGUCAUUUUGGCAGGUAACCUCUUCAAGUCGAGAUACAGUUGGGCUGUCUUCAAGCACAAUAAGACUUUAAGGGUGGUUUGUUGUGAUAAACAAGUCUAAUCUUAUUAAAUAUCUAAUAUAAUAUAUGUAUAUAUAUUUCAAGUGAAUUUCCAUUCAAAUUGUGUAUAUUAAGUGUUUUGUCUUAAAUAUAGUAGUUAAACAUAUAAUUUUAAAUACAAAUUGUUGUUUUUUGUUUUUCUCUCUUAAAUGGUUUUUAAAUACAGAUAUUGUGUGAUGAUGACUGUAACACACCAAAUAAAAUACAAAGUACAACUCACUCACUUGGGAACUAGGUGAGCUCAUGUUUGUUCAUGAGAGUCUGCAGAACUACAAAUAUCCAACCAACAGGCAUUUACUGUGGAAAAUCUAUGGAGCUAUUGAUUCUAGUCACAGUGUUUUCUGUGUGUCAUAGCAAACAGACUGAUUUCCAGAGAAACUCUGCACUGAACUUUACUUGUUUAUUCCUGCUUUCAAUUCCUGUAAAUCAUAGUCGCUAUGUGCCUGGCUCACCAGGAUUUUAUUGGAUCCGUUUCUAAAAAAAAAACAUAUGAAAGAGCCCUUCUUGUUUCUCACAGUGCUUCACUGUUUUCUUACCGAAUAGGAAAUGAUGUAAAUCUACGUGUAUCUGGGCAAACUGGGCAAAGGAGAAGAAAUGUUUGCAAGUGAUGAUGAUGAAUAAAUAUAAAAGUUAA